UGUCGGUUAGACUGUUUCAACCACCGAGCUAGCCUGCUAUUCAAUGUCUGGACGCCAAGGAAAGUGGAAGUGUUUCGAGUUUGCUGCGAAGUGAUUUUCUAUCGGAUUUUUCCAACAUAUCACCCACGGAAAAUGUGUGGUUCUUAGUAGUGAGUAAGGAAAUAAAAUCAUCAGGACUCUAGUGGAGAGCUGUAAUGGCCGAGAACGUGUAGUUGGAAUUCAUUUGUAUGGUGACUAAAGGAUAACAAUUUAAUGGAUGGGCCAUUCGAUAGAUACAUGCAUGUUUGGAAUAAACGUCACACUUAGAUGGAUUCCCCAGCACAUGUUUGAGCACAUUUCGUCAUUGUUGCUUCGUUUAGAAAUGCCACCGACAGCAAUCCUGGUAAAAUAAUUACCCCCUGAGUGGAAGAAGCCUCCCCUUCCGGAUAAGCAAUUCCAACGUCAGUCGCAGGUUGUAUAUCUCAAAACCAUACACAUGUAGGCUAGUUAAACACAGGCAUCGAUUCCACGUGCGUACAGUAUGGAAUGGCUGCUCGAAGGCCCGCAGAUCCAGAGCACCUUCGGUUCACUGGGUGCGUACAUCGAUGGUGACUACCACAUAAACGAAAAGUGCCAGGAAACUUUGAACGAAAUAAUCCUAAAGUUGACCGUUGAAGAUGUGUAUCUUAGAACGUACCGGAGGGCAAUCGGCUUUGGACAUAAUGUCAAAAAUGAUGCUAUCCCACUGUUAAUUCAUGCCAAAGAUUCUAAAAUUAUAGACACGAAUAUUCGCCUGUUGGUAAAUUUAACUGUUCCUGUGGAAUGUUUGCUACCUGUGGAAUCAAUUUCGGGCACGGAUGUCGGAAGAUUAACGGUGUUCGAGUUGAAUAAAUUGUUAAUAACGAACAAGGAAGCUUUCGCCGAUUCGAAAGCCACGCAGGCAGUGAUUAAUUUCAUAAAGUGGAUACUAGAAACCGACAGCAAAUUGACGAUUGACAACUGUAACAGUAUAAACAAUUGUUUGCUUUUGUUAAGAAAUAUUCUACAUGUUCCUGAGGGUAACCAAAAUCAGAUAAUCUGGAAUCUCUUCACACAAAGCCUCGACAAAUUGUUGCUAUAUCUGAUGUCCUGUCCGCAGCGUGGAUACUGGGCCAUCACCAUGGCCCAACUGAUAGCUCUUCUGUUCAAAGAUCAACAUGUUAGUACGUUGCAGAAGCUUUUGAACAUGUGGUUGGAAUCUUCCUCAUCGGAAAGUUAUGAGGACAAUGAGAGUAACACUACGCCUACAAAGCAGUGGAUUGAAGAGACCAACUCCAUCCCGACCUCGGAUUCGUCUGAUUAUGGUAUAUCGACAGGUUUGAGUGGAAAGCUUGAUGACGAUGAAAAAGCUGACCGAGUGCGCCCAUCAGCAACGGAUUGUGAGCAAGAAAAUUGUUCGGCUGAACAUUCAGACGAUCAAGAGAUCGAUCGCACGGCGCUGAAUCAGUCCCGUGAAGCCAAGGCUAACCCUGUUUGCUCUGAAAUAUUAGAUCAAAUACAUAAUAACAAACCAUCGUUGCAGAUGCACCACGCACAGAAUUCGUCCCCGUGUGAUGCUACCCCAUUUGAAACAGACAGUCCGCUGUCUUCUAAAUGUAACCCAUUGAUAGAUUCGGCUAAUCAACGAUUUAAAAGUCAAAAGAAGAUGUCGAUUUCCAAGGAAUCUGAUUGUGGCUAUGGAACGCAAGGGAUCUCAACAUCUAGCAGCGAAGAAGAUUCAGUAAAUUAUAAACCGGUACACCAAAAACCGCCCUCCAAUCAGAAGCACCGAUUGAAUGUUGCCAGCAAGCAGAGCAGUUCUAUGCUAAUUCAGGAGAAGAAAGAACAGCGAAGAAAAAAAUUGGUGAAACGGAACAAGAGCAACAUUGCUAAUAUGAAACAGCUGAUGCACCCUACUAAUGACGACAUAUCCAAUAUAUUGAAGGAGUUCACCGUUGACUUUCUUGUCAAAGGGUACAGCCAUUUGAUACAUGAGCUUCACAGUUUGCUUUUAUCGGAUAUGCAAAUACAAAUCGACACAUCUCACUUUUUCUGGCUGCUAACAUACUUUCUCAAAUUUGCCGCCCAAUUGGAACUCGACUUGGAGCUCAUCAGUGCUGUACUCUCGUUCGAUAUCAUCAGCUAUUUGACGUACGAGGGUGUGAUGCUGUGCGAGCAACUAGAACAACAAAGUCAUGAGGACAAACGCGGCACUAAGCCUUAUUUGAGGAGAAUCCAUCUGGUUGUAACGGCGAUAAGAGAAUUCAUGCAAGCGCUGGAUACAUACAAACAGAGCACAUACUUGACACCAGAAGAAAAGCAGAAAUUAAACACACUGCAGAAUCAGAUCAGCAAAUCGAACAAUUUGAAAUGUUUGUUUAUACUAUUGCUUAGAUGUCACAACCCAGAGCUGCACAGCAAACAGUACUUACAGGAUCUGAUCGUAACCAACCAUUACCUGAUGCUACUGGUAAAUGAUUCGAGUGGUCGCUCGGAGGCGAGCUCCGGUGGUUUUAUGGUUCACAUGAAAGAAUUUGCGACGGCAGAAAUAAUGCAUCGGUAUGGAUUACUGCUGGAAAGUUUUCAAAGUAACGGGGCGUUCGUGAACGAUUGUAUUUUCACAAUGAUGCACCACGUGGGCGGCGAUCUAGAUCAAAUAGAUAUGCUGUUCCAAGCCGAUAUACUGAAAACUUUCUCAUUGAUUUGGGAAAACAAGCAUGAAAUAUGUGAUGACUGGUCGGACUUAAUCGAGUAUGUGAUACACGAGUUCAUGAACAAUCAACAUCUCAGUUCGGAAAAGGAUUCCAGCACACCACAGGAAACGAGUAGUCGACAUUCAAUUGGUGAUUCAUCAGACACUUGGACCCAGGAAGAGAUAGACUGCCUUCACUGGUACUACUUUCAGUGUAGACGUAGCAAAUGUUUUGUAACGGAUAUUCUGAAACUUUUCCAAGAACAUGGUAAUCACCAGAAAUCCCGUAUUUCAAUAAUCGCGCAACUGCGAAAAUUGGAUCUUAUUGCAAUGGACCAAUAUGAUGAAUUGAUGAAGGCUGAAAAUUCGAAUCAUGUGCCAACGGCUAAAGAAUGCGGUGCUCUGCCAAACACAACUGAUGACGUUAAGGAAAUUCUUGAUCAAAUGGUGAAAGAUCGUAAACAAAAGAUGAUUGUGUGGUUGCAAAGGACUCUGUUGGAUUGUUGUUUUGUAAAGUUGAGCUUGCACGAGGAUAAUCAUUCUGUGGAAAAUAGUGGAGCUGUUCCCAUGGAACCUGUUCCAUAUAACUGCAUUUUGAAGAAAACAUCGAUCCCGGUGGUGCCUUGGAACCAUGAUCAAUCAACAUUUUUGACGUACCAACCAUUCGUAAUGUUGUUGCACAAGUUCGGCUUGCACUUGCCAACCGAUGCUAAGAAGAUCUAUAUUCGAAUUCCGGAGUUUUGGACUGCCGAUAUCCUCUACAGUAAAGCUCAAAUGCUUGGGCCAUUGGAAAACAGCAUGGAGCACCCGAAUUUGGAAGUUCUGAAACAGCUUCAUGAGAUGUACAUUAGUGCUGAUAUAUGUUCAAAAGUGGAAAAAGUCUUAUAAUAAUGUAACCAACGACAAAAGCUUUCAAAAUUUUAUGGGCAGAAAUAAUGUUCUGUAACUGAACAUGUUUUAUGUGUAUGAUGUUUUCUGUUAAAAUACAUUCGCUUCAAUCGCUUAAAA